ACCCCAGCCCCCCACUCCCCACCCCCAAACCCUGACCUCUUUCCCCGCUCCGGGGAGCCUGGCGGGGCCAAAGGGGGUGGGAGAGGUGACCCCUCUGGCAUCUGGGACCCCACCACCACCGCCCCCCGGCCCAGUUGGCCUGUGGGAGCAGAUUGUAACGAAUUCGUCGCGCUCGGAGACAAGUGUUGUCGAUAACAGGCCCCAGAGACCCCCUCGCCUUCACCAAAUAUGGUGAGGGAGAGCGGGGCCUGGAGAUAAAGGGUCCGGAAAGCGGAGAGGAGACCCCCGUGUCCUCUGCAUCUUCAGAAGACCUCCAUCCUCCUGCCCUACUGACGACGACGACGACGACGUCCCUGCCGCCGCCACUGAGAUGGGGGAUCCGCUGCAGCUGAAGGAGGAGGGGAACCAACGCUUCCAGGCCAGAGACUACGAUGGCGCCGCGCAGAGCUACUCCAAGGCCUUGGCGUUGGGCCCGGACCGGCCGCUGCGGGCCGUCCUCUACCGCAACCGGGCGGCCUGCCACCUCAGACGGGAGAGCUACGCCCAGGCCGCCGCUGAUGCCUCCCAAGCGAUUGACGUGGACGCGUCGGACGUGAAGGCCCUGUUUCGACGCUGCCAGGCCCUGGAGAAGCUGGGCCGCCUGGACCAGGCCUUCAAAGACGUGCAGCGCUGCGCCACCCUGCAGCCGCGCAACGGAGACUUCCAGGAGACCCUCCGGCGCCUCAGCUCCGGCAUCCAGGAGAAGCUGCACGUCCAGUUCUCCACGGAUUCCCGGGUGCAGUCCAUGUUCGCCAUUCUGCUGGACGAGAACAGCGAGGCGGAGAAGCGUGAGAAGGCCGCCAACAACCUCAUCGUCCUGGGCCGGGAGGAGGCGGGGGCCGAGAGGAUCUUCCAGAACGACGGGCUGGGCCUGCUGCUCAAACUGGUGGAGACCAAGAGGCCGGAGCUGGUCCUGGCCGCCGUUCGGACGUCGGCGGGCAUGUGCGGCGGCCACCGAGCCCGGGCCACCGCCGUCCUCCACGGGAUGCGCCCGGACCGGCUGUGCGGCCUGCUGGCGGCGGACGACGGGGAGACCGCGCUGGCCGCCUGCGCCCUCCUCCAGGCCAUCACCGACUCCCUGACGGGCGAGGACAAGACGGAGCGGCGGGGCAAGGAGGCGGCCCUGGUUUUGGACUCCAAGAAGGACCUCCGGCAGAUCACGGACCACCUGCUGGACAUGCUGGUCAGCAAGAAGGUGUCGGGCCGCGGGAAGGACCAGGCCCUCAACCUCCUCACCAGGAACGUCCCGAGGAAGGAUCUGGCCGUCCAGGACAACUCCCGCACCAUCUACGUGGUGGACCACGGCCUGAGGAAGAUCCUGAAGGUGGUGGCGCAGGUGCCCGAGCUGCCGUCCUGCCUGCCGCUGACCGACGACACCCGCGCGCUGGCCUCCGUCCUCCUCAGCAGGCUGUACGACGACCUGCGCUGCGACCCCGAGAGAGACGCCUUCCGCAAGAUCUGCGAAGAGUUCAUCACGGGCAGGUUCGACCCCCAGGACCCGGAUAAGAGCGUGAGUGCCAUCCAGACGGUGUCGGGCAUCCUGCAGGGCCCCUUCGACCUGGGCAACAAGCUGCUGGGCCUAAAGGGGGUGAUGGAGCUGAUGGUGGCCCUGUGCGGGUCGGAGCGCGAGGUGGACCAGCUGGUGGCCGUGGAGGCCCUGAUCCACGCCUCCACCAAGCUCAGCCGCGCCACCUUCAUCAUCGCCAACGGCGUGGCCGCCCUCAAGGACAUCUACAAGACCACCAAGAACGAGAAGAUCAAGAUCCGCGCCCUGGUGGGUCUCUGCAAGCUGGGCUCGGCCGGGGGCACCGACUACGGCCUGCGCCAGUUCGCCGAGGGCUCCACGGAGAAGCUGGCCAAACAGUGCCGCAGGUGGCUGUGCAACCCCGCCAUCGACACCCGCACGCGCAAAUGGGCGGUGGAAGGCAUGGCCUACCUCAGCCUGGACGCCGAUGUGAAGGACGACUUCGUGCAGGACGGGCCGGCCCUGCAGGCCAUGUUCCAACUGGCCAAGGAGAGCGACAAGACCAUCCUCUACUCGGUGGCCAGCACGCUGGUGAACUGCACCAACAGCUACGACGUCCAGGAGAUUGUGCCCGAACUGGUGCAGCUGGCACAGUUCUCCAAGCAACACGUGCCCGAGGAGCACCCCAAGGACAAGAAGGAUUUCGUGGAGAUGCGGGUGAAGCGGCUUCUGAAGGCGGGCGUGAUCUCCACCCUGGCCUGCAUGGUGCGGGCGGACAGUGCCAUCCUCACCGACCAGACCAAGGAGCUGCUGGCCAGGGUGUUCCUGGCCCUGUGCGAUAACCCCAGAGACCGAGGCUCCAUCGUGGCCCAGGGCGGCGGCAAGGCCCUGGUCCCGCUGGCCCUGGAGGGCACCCACGUGGGUAAGAUCAAGGCCGCCCACGCCCUGGCCAAGAUCGCGGCCGUCUCCAACCCCGACAUCGCCUUCCCCGGAGAGAGGGUGUACGAAGUUGUCCGGCCCCUGGUGCGCCUUCUGGACACGGAGCGGGACGGGCUGCAGAACUACGAGGCCCUUCUAGGCCUCACCAACCUGGCCGGGCGGAGCGACAAGCUGAGGCAGAAGAUCAUCAAAGAGAAGGCCCUGCCCGACAUCGAGAACUACAUGUUUGAGAACCACGACCAGCUGCGCCAAGCUGCCACCGAGUGCAUGUGUAACCUGGUGGUCAACAAAGAGGUGCAGGGCCGCUUCCUGGCCGACGGCAACGACCGUCUGAAGCUGGUGGUGUUGCUGUGCGGGGAGGACGACCCCAAGGUCCAGACCGCGGCGGCCGGGGCCCUGGCCACACUGACCGCCGCCCACCAGGAGCUCUGCCACAAGAUGACCCAAGUGACGCCUCAGUGGCUGGAGAUCCUACAACGCCUCUGUCUUCACGACCACCCGCCCGUCCAGCACCGCGGCCUGGUCAUCGCCUACAACCUGCUGGCGGCCGACGCGGAGCUGGCCCGGAAGCUGGUGGACAGCGAGCUGCUGGAGAUCCUCACCGUCGUGGCCAAACAGGAGCCGGACCCCAAGAGGACGCCCGUCCUGCAGGCCGCACGCGACUGCCUGCUCAAGUGCAUGGACUACAAACUCAUCAGGCCCCUCUCCUGAGACCGGCCGGGCCCCAGGGGCGUCCAGACCGUCAUCAUCAUCAGUCGUAUUGAUUGAGCGCUUACUGUGGGCAGAGCACUGGACUAAGCGCUUGGGAAGUACAAGUUGGCAACAUAUACCGUCCCCUCGGCUAGGCCCCAUCCCACCAGGGCCGGUCAAGCCAACUCUUCCGAGGGGGUGAUUUUUGGUUUUUAGUCUUUUAACCGCGUUGGGAAAACAGGGUCGCUCAUUCACUUUCACUCAUUCACUCAUUCAAUUGUAUUUAUUGAGCGCUUACUGUGUGCAGAGCACUGUACUAAGCGCUUGGGAAGUACAAGUUGGCAACAUAUACCGUCCCCUCGGCUAGGCCCCAUCCCACCGGGGCCGGUCAAGCCAACCCUUCCGGGGGGCGAUUUUUGGUUUUUAGUCUUUUAACCGCGUUGGGGAAACGGGGUCGCUCAUUCACUUUCACUCAUUCAAUCAUUCAAUCAUAUUUAUUGAGCGCUUACUGUGGGCAGAGCACUGUACUAAGCGCUUGGGAAGUACAAGUUGGCAACAUAGACCGUCCCCUCAGCUAGGCCCCAUCCCACCAGGGCCGGUCAAGCCAACCCUUCCGGGGGGGCGAUUUUUGGUUUUUAGUCUUUUAACCGCGUUGGGGAAACGGGGUCGCUCAUUCACUUUCACUCAUUCAAUCAUUCAAUCGUAUUUAUUGAGCGCUUACUGUGUGUGCAGAGCACUGGA